AUGAUCAACAACCUGCACAAGAAUCUCUCAAUCUCUGUUACCGCGAAGUUCCGUGUGUUCCCAACUGUUGAAAAGACAGCCGAACACGUGAAGAUACUCGAGAGCGCGAGUGCCUGGAUUCUGACAUGCCAUGGUCGCACCCGCGAACAACGGGGUCACAAUACAGGUAUUGCUGGCUUGCACAAGAUCCGUGCAGUCAAGGAGGCCGUCUCUGUCCCAGUCACUGCUAACGGCAACAUCCUGUUCCACUCUGACAUCGAGGCCUGUCUCGCCACAACAAGCGCUGAUGCCGUCAUAUCCGUCGAGGGAAACCUCUACAACCCUGCUAUCUUCAUGUCUGCGCCUGCGUCAUCAUCAUCGCUCGCUGACUCUGUACUCCCACUGCCUGCACCUUCCUCAUACGCGCCUGCGCUCGAGUACCUGGCUACCGUGAAAUCACAGAAGACGCGGACGAAGGGCAGCGUGGUCAAGAGGCAUCUGUUCAAGCUACUUCGGCCCGCACUUGGUCGUGAGAUCGAAUUGUACGACUUUCUGGGACGAAUACAGAUCAAGCACCUCGGGGACAAUGAAGCAUGGGACCAAUACGAGGCUCUCAUCGAGGGGUUUGACGAGCAGCUGCAGCAGGAUGCCAGGGCCGCAGAAGGUCGCUCUGUCGAUGAGCUGAUCAUCUUGCAUGAGACGACGGGGCUCAAGGCGAUGCCACAUUGGGUCGCACAGCCAUUUUUCCGAGUGGUGCCCAAGGUUGCGGAGUAGGCGGAGAAGAGCAAGAAGGCAGAGUUCGUCGUCGCCGAAGGUUUCGAGCCUCAGUGUGCCCCAGGUACGCUCGAUUAAGGCUCCUCUUAUACUGCUGUACCCAGCUGUGCGUUGUUACGCAGAGCCAGCAAACAAUGAUAUAUAUACCGCCUACUGAGAGUACAGUAGGUGUAAACGUGCACCCUUUGAACGGACACCGGGGCCAGACGAGCUUUCGAAGCGUGUCAAGCUGGCACGGGAAGAUGCGGUUGAGUCGGUAGCCGUUGCGUCACAGACCAAGGACGCGGAGCAUCCUAGACUUUUAAUGGCGCGCCGGUCAUAACCCGUCUGCGACUUGCAUCAACGGCGACUGUAUGCAUCUACGUGGCUCGCAUAUACAUGCCCGUCAACAGGUCAAGAUGUAAAUUGCACAUUAUUCACAACGAUAUUCCAAUUAAUGCGAUAGGGCGAGAUAGUAUACGUGAAGCUCUCUGCUCGUGUCCAUAAUCCACCUAGUCGGAAGUAUCCAUUAAAUCCUUGUCCUUGACCUCUGGCUCCUUCGUGAUGCGUGCGAUAUUGAUUUUACGUUUGUCCUCGGUAGCCAAGUAAUCGCGGAUAUUAUAGUAAUGCGCGGAGUUCGAGUGCGCUAUGAUCCUGAGCGACUCACCACCGUCGGGACGCUUGCUCAAAUCCGCCUCCACCUUCACGUAAGUGUCGACCAAUCCCACCCUAAUGUCAGCUAG